AUGUACCCAAUGAAUGGAUCAAGAGGUAUAUUGGCAACAUCAAAACCUAAGAAACAAGAAAAGAAUGAAUCUGGCGAAAUGGGGCUAGCAACUAAAGAGAUGAUUGACCCUGUAGUCGCCUAUAGCCGGCCUCCGCCGCUUCCUCCUGUUAUAGGACCUUUGGUUGCUCUCUCACUGUUGGAUACAUGGUGGAACCGCAAAGCCGAUGAUGACGGCAAGUGA